CUCCGUCAUAUCUGUAACGAUCCUCCCCUAAUAAGUCGGUACAGGACCCAAUGAUAAGUAGCCAGGUUUGAGAAAACAACCGUCGGACCAAAGAAACGUGCAAACUGCUAGCUGUGACUGAACUGGGGUGAGUCCUACCACAGGGGUGUAAGUUCACAUUACGGCCGCCAGAGAGCCCGUCCACAGAGAAAGGAAAAUGGCGCACACGAGGACUGUGGGUCCGAUGGUAGUCUUCUCACUGGUGAUACUACUAGCGAUGACGGCGCAGGGCUACCAUCUGGGAGACACACACGUGGACAACAACAUCAUCUGCAUCUCGCCGGCGAUCAAACCGCCUCUGGGUUGCAUGUGUAACGUCACAACAUCGGACAACAUUGUGACAACACCGACGUGCGACCAGUCCAUACUGGAGGAGGUGAAGAACCUUCUUGAAGCACUUGUAGUAAACACAGAGAUAAGCAACUCUCCAUCUGAGUGCUUGGCAUCGUCAUUUUACCUGGACGGUAGACUUGUGAGCUGCACCGAUUCACUGGGCCUACAACUUGGGGACGAGAACAACCCGGCUCACAGCUGUAGAGAUAUCCACAUCGCCUGUCGUGGGUACGAAAGGGGGCUUACAGAUGGGUUCUACUGGAUAAAGACCAAGGAGAAUCACGCAGUGCAAGCGUUCUGCGAUAUGACUCAUGGAGGCUGGACCAUGGUGGCCAAAAUUGGCGGGAAGGUUGAGGAUAUCCAUGGCAACUGGCUAGUAUCCAAUCACAACACGCGAGACCUGCAGUACCCGCGGGUGAUUCCAGACAACACAUACGCCAGCAUGGAUGCCCGGAUGUUGGCAAUAGAUCACGCAGAUGAGAUUUUGAUGUCAAACGGAGACAAUGACCACGGUGUCGGAAGCCGCUGGGUCAAGUGGCAGCUGCCGGAAGGAAGAACUGCGGGGUCCCUUUGGAACCAUUCUGUGCAGUCUUCAGUACCUGACAAGUUGACCCCCGUGGUGGUGACGUCAUGGGAUGGGGAGAAGACGGUGUGCUAUCAGAACAAGUACGGCGUGCUGCCCAGACCGGGAAAUGUUGGCGUCUUCCCGGGCCUGGCUUCGGACACGGCUGGCACAGUGGACUUCUCUGACAGGUGUGUGGCAGUAGGUGUGAUUGAAGAGGGUGACACAGAAGGGUUCGACACGGAUGUCCUGCAUACCCCCAUCCCACGGGAUGGCAGGAGACGACAUGCCAACUUCGUCAGCGUCUGGUUGAAAUAACUGUGAUGUGAUGUGAUGUGAUCAUCUUCAUCUCAUUUUCUAAUUUCAUUUGUAUGUAGAUGCACGAAAACUCUGGAUCCAUCUUACUGUGGUCAUGUCAUAUACCCUGAUGUUAAAGUAGUUGUAACACAUUUUAUACUCAUGACAUAGCAAUACUAUCAUAACAGAUGGCUGUAGAAUAUAAGGUUCCUUUACAGGUUAUGAACACCUUCUGAUGCCUGACCAAAUAGCCUAUAAAUAUUAGGAACUGUAUAUGAACAUAAAGCAGAAGCAGACAUACAGACAUGCAAGAGGCCUGUACUAGUGUAGUAGUAGCAAUUAUAAUGCAGAUAUUCUAUCAAUUACGCAUAAACACAUCAAUUAAAACAUCAUCAUUUGAUUAAGAGUUUUAACUAGUAUAGUAAUGUUCAAAGUAUGUUUAAGGCAGUAAUUUCUUAUUGUAAUUAACAAUAUAUAUAGUCUCUGCUUUUGUUCUUGUGAUGGACGGUAAACUGACAGUCACUUUUUUGGUUAUCUUCAUCAAGCCUAACAUAAAUUUACUGAAUGUAUGAUAGAUGGAAUGCACAGUUAGAUAAUAUUCUUUUUCUUCACACGUUGUGCAGUUCAGAUUUUUCACAUCUAAUGAAAAUGGAAAUCCAACAUAACAUAUAUCAUAAUGUCAUCUAAGACAAUUCGUUUUAAUGCAUAAGUUAUCAAGGCGAUUAUUGUUUUCGCUUCAAGUAGAUUAUUGAAUAGUUGACUGUACAUGUAUUUGUAAACUUCACCCAACUGAUGUCAUGGUGCCCCAACGACCCACUAGAAGGUCAAGGGAUAGGUGAGGUGAGGUGAGGUGAGACCCAACUGAUCACGAUUAAGUUUCAACAUAUCUUACAACACAUCGACUCAUUUAGUACAUCCAAAAGGUGCUGAACAUCUAGGUUUUUGCCAUGCCCUUUGAAAAAACAUAGAAUACAUGAAAACAUUACCAUCAUAUGCAUGAACUGUACAUCAUACCCUGAAAGAAUUGCAAGUAAAUAAAGCAUUACUACUAA